AUGGUGCCCGGCUAUGUCCGCCGCCCAUGGCGGCCGGGGAAAGCAAUGGAGACUUUUACCUUCACCCCACUGCCAGUAGCGGUUUCAGCAACAUUCUUGGCUCUCCCACAACAUUAUUUGGAUGUGUGUAAACGUUUCAAUCGGAAAUGCAACCCUUUUGUAUAUCAAACAUUCCAGCUCCUAGAAAAAGAAUAUAGAAAAACUAAGAAAGGAUUUGACAAUGAAAUCACAAUAAAAAUAGCUGGUAACAACCGCUUAAUACCAGUCCAGAGACUCACAGAUGAAGAUUUUGAAAUCCUUAUCGAUACCUUAAAACCACAUAAAAACAUUACAGGUUUGGAUGUUAGAUAUAACCUCUUAACUGAUGAUGGAGCGAAUCAUGUUGCAAGACUGCUUGAGGAAGUCCCAAGUCUCACUUACCUAAAUCUCAUGUUUAAUGACAUUAAGACAGAUGGGGGAGAAGUGAUAGCCAAAGUGCUCCAUAGAAAUCAAACUCUUAAACACCUAAGACUAACUGGGAACAAGAUUGAUAAUAAAGGUGGAAUGUUUUUUGCCACGAUGCUUCAAAUUAAUUCAUCAUUAGAGAAGUUAGAUUUGGGAGACUGUGAUCUGGGGAUGCAGAGUUUGAUAGCAAUAGCAACCGUACUAACUAAAAACCAAUCAAUUAAAGGGAUAAACUUAAACCGCCCUAUACUGAAAAGUGAAGAGGAAGAGUCAACCACCCAUGUGAGCCACAUGUUGCAAAUUAACUCAACUCUUAUUGAACUACACAUGUGUAAGCACGGUAUUAAAAAUUUUGGUAUGCAGCAGUUGUGUGAAGCCCUUUAUACAAACACUGCUCUACGUUACCUGGAUGUCAGCUGCAACAGAAUAACUCGUGAUGCAAUGAUAUAUUUGGGAGAGCUAUUAAAAAGGAAUAAUGUCUUGGAAGUAAUAGAUCUUUCUUCAAACAGAAUAGAAGAUGAGGGUUCCAUGUAUGUGACCGAAGCCCUGGCUUUUUACAACACAAGUCUGAAAGCGUUAUCCAUAGUGAGCAAUAACAUAACUGGAAAAGGACUUACUGCUUUUUCAGAUUCAAUGAAAACAAAUACCACACUUACUAAUAUUUACAUCUGGGGAAACAAAUUUGAUAGUGAAACAUGUGUAGCAUUUUCAAACUUAAUCACUUCUGGUCGUCUAAAGCUAGAGAAUACCGACGUGGAGCCCUACGUAGUAGACGGCUGUGUGUAUCUUGCUGAACUCUCUCACGGCAUUAAAAAACACUAUUACUGGACACCCUCUUACGGAGAAGUCGAUGGCCCUGCAGCCAACGCGGGUCUUGCUAUCGUGCCUGCAGCCAGAAAUCUCUGA